AUGGCAUCAAAGCCAUUUCUACAAUGUUUUCGCCAGACCUACAGAAGUGGCUUUGCUGCGCUACACCCUCAACCUAACCGCUCGUUUUCAUCUACAGCCGCAUCACAAGAAGGUGCUCAAGGAGAGGUUCCCAAAGAGCAGCCUUUCUAUCGGGCGCCAGAUCCAUUCUUAGUGACAAGCCCUCGCCUGGAACGUAGGCUUAUUCGCGCUGGAAAAUUUCCUGUUGGUUCUCGCAGACGAAGAGCCGCCCUACAGAAUUCCCCGAACAUUUCAUUCCCGCAAUUGCCAUAUCAAUGCUUUCAAGAAGCCCGAAAGAUAAUCUUAGAGGAUAGGGCGGAGAAGCUAAAACAAAUUGAGACGGAACGAGGACGUCUGGAGCGACUACGCGCUACUACUCCUGAAGAUGAUGCUGGAAAGGCUCAGAAACAAACGAGGAUAAAAAGCAUGGAGAAGCAUUUGGAGGAGUUGAAAAUCCUUGCGGAUAUCAAUGACCCCAUGACAAAGAGACGAUUUGAGGACGGGAUGGGUGAUAUGGAUAAGCCAAUUUACCGAUUCCUAGCCGACAGGAAAUGGAGAGAGUACCGUCGAGCAAUUCUGGUACAGCGAAUUACACAGAUGAAGGUCGUCCCCGACGUAUUAGCCCAUAUAGACCCAAUUGUGGAUGUGAAGUUGUCGUUUGGCAGGAAGAGUGUUCAGCCUGGAGAAUUCGUCAACUCUCGCGCUAGCACAGUGGCUCCAGACCUCCAAAUACAAUCGUUUGCCAAAGAUGCGAAACUGGUCACUAUCGCGGUCGUCGACCCCGAUGUUCCAAAUUUGGAAACAGAUGCGUUUGACCAUCGUUGCCAUUUCCUCGCGAUUAACGUGCCCAUCUCACCAACGGAAAUUUCGGUAUCUUUGGACAAAUUGGCUCCCGAGUCGCAGGUGAUUCUUCCGUGGUUGGCGCCGUAUGCACUCAAAGGCAGCCCGUAUCACCGAAUCUCAAUACUUAUCAUGGAGCAAAAGGAUCAGAAAUCUCUUGACUACAAUGUUGCCCAGAAGAAAGUGGAGAGAGAAGGCUUCCGCCUACGUAGUUUUGAGACGAGGCACCAACUCAAACCCAUUGGCGCCCAUCUAUUUAGAACCCACUGGGAUGAAGACAUGCUGGAUGUGAUGACCGGACUCGGAGUUGAGGGAAUAGACAUUGAGUUGAAGCGUAAGAGGGUGGAGCCUCUUCCUUAUAAAAGGAGGAACCCCGCCUCAUUUAGGUAA